AUGCUUCCAAGCUGGCUAGGAUUCCUGGAAUCAAAGCGAUACGCCCGUUACGUCUAUUCUCCCGACCUGAGUAAAUAUCCUUCACUACUUUCCGUCUUACAAAUCUACUCGAAUCUAAUGAUUAAUUCUAAACACAGACCUAUAGCUGGUCGUGUCAUAACAAGCCCGGACGAUUUUACCUUUCCACCAGAUACUGAAUCCACUCAUGCCCUUACUGGUGUAGACAAGCUUCACGCUCAAGGCAUUUCCGGUCGCGGAAUCAAAAUCGGGAUCAUUGACUCAGGUAUCGAUUACACUCACCCUGCCCUCGGAAGUGGCUUUGGACCUGGCCAUAAAGUUGUCGGAGGUUUCGAUUUUGUCGGAGACAAUUACAAAGGUGGUGCUUCCUAUGGCAACCUAACUUACAGCGAUCAGCUCCCCUCAACCUCGAAUUAUUUUAGGCAACAAUACUCCCGUUCCUGA